AUGGCGCCAGUCAGUUUGCCUCCUGGUUUCAGGUUCCACCCCACUGACGAGGAACUCAUCAUCUACUACCUUAAGAGGAAGAUCAAUGGGAGACAGAUAGAGCUCGAAAUCAUUCCAGAGGUUGAUCUUUACAAGUGUGAGCCCUGGGAUUUGCCAGAAAAAUCAUUUCUUCCAAGCAAAGACCUUGAAUGGUAUUUCUUCAGCCCUCGAGACCGCAAGUACCCAAAUGGAUCAAGGACAAACCGUGCAACAAAAUCUGGGUACUGGAAGGCAACUGGGAAGGACAGAAAGGUGAACUCGCACAGGCGUGCAGUUGGUGUGAAGAAGACCUUGGUGUACUAUCGGGGCCGAGCUCCACAUGGUUCUCGCACUGAUUGGGUCAUGCACGAGUACCGCCUCGACGAGAGGGAAUGCGAGACUGACACUGGCUUACAGGACGCGUAUGCAUUAUGCCGAGUGUUUAAGAAGACAGCGCCUGGGCCAAAAAUCAUUGAGCAUUAUGGCGCAGUGCACCACCCCAUUGAGCAACCUCAGUGGAUGGCAAGCAGUGUUGACCGCUCCCCAACGCUGGACUUGUCCAGUGAUGUUAGAGGUGAUGACUUCGAGAGCAGCAGUUUCUCAUUCCCGACAGAGGCGCCAAUGGACUCCAUGUAUGGUGGGUUCGGGAUGCAGAUGAGUGCACCUCACGAGGAUGGCAAAUGGAUGCAGUUCCUGAGCGAAGACGCCUUUAACGCCACCAAUCCUUUCUUCAUGAACCCUGCUUCUUCCAGCUUCUCAUGCCUCCCAUCCAAGGUGGAUGUUGCACUGGAGUGUGCAAGGCUUCAGCACAGGCUCUCAUUACCUCCCCUGGAGGUGGAGGACUUCCCACAGGACGUCAGCCUCGACACAAAGACGAGCGUGCUCCGCAGCAACCCCAACGAGGUUGACAUCCUUCAAGAGUUCCUCUCCGUGGCGUCGGCCUCCCAGGAGCUAAUCAACGGCUCCAGCAGCAGCUACGCUGCAGAAAUGUGGCCAGGCGCUGGCACAAGCAGCACCAGCACCCACUACAUCAACGAACUAUCUUCCCUCGUUGAGCUUGGGGUGAAGGCUAAAGAGGAGGCAGACAAUUUCUACCAUAUGGGCUGCAUUGGCACAUCUGCAGGACUCGCAUCGUCGAAGCCGGUCCAUGUCGAUGAACCGGUUAGGUUGGUUGAGAUCGCUGACAUGGAGGAGUUCAAGGAAGAGAAGAGGCAAGUAGAGAACCUUAGAGGAGUGAGGCUGCACAACAAUGACCUAGGAGAGAUUGUUGUAGAAGGAGAUGAAAGCAGUCCAACAGUCUGCAUCACACAAUACCCCAUAUCAGACACUGCUGACAAUUCAGGAGAAGCCGGUCACCUGACCGAUCCCACUAACGCCGGCGGCCUAGACACUGCACCCAUCUUCUCGCAAUCUCAACCUGACGACUUUGCUAUUGGGUUCAGUGACGACGUCAACCCUAAUGCAUCUUUCGACCUCUACGAGAAGGUUGACGUCAAGCAUGGGCUCUUCGUCUCAACGGUCGGUGCACCGAAGACAUUCUUCCACCACGUUGAGCCAUCGAAGAAGGUCAGCUUCCACCUGAAUCCCGUAGCAAGCGACGUCAGCAAGGCGAUCGAGAAGUUCCAUUUCCCCAUUAGUGUGACAACCAAAGUUAGUGGCAGCAGCAUUUCCAUUUUUAGCAAGUUGAAGGCGCUCAUCAGGGACAAAUUCCUGGUGAAGAAGCUGCCUUCAUCAUCAUACCAAAGGUCCUUAGGCAGCAAAGAAACAGCGGCAGUGGGUGAGCUGCUGCAGAUAGUGUCGUCGCUCCUCUUAACACCAACUGAAGUCACAGGCCCCACGACGAUGUCUACCGAGCAAGAGUUGGUCAAGAAGGCGAAGAAGGUGAUGAAACCGGGGCCCGGUUGUGAUGGAAGCCAUGCGUGGCUUCUUCCACUCUCCAAGAGGAGCAAAGGCAUUUCCAGCAUGUUUUUUAGUGGGAAAUGGGCAUUUCUGACAUCCGCAUUGGCCAUCCGCACUCCAGGGUGCAAUCACUGA